ACUGGACACAGACACACUGUACACUGUAGGACCAACCUGUCUGUACGCAGUAGAUGUCCAGUCAGGACAGGUGCUUAAUUCAGUCUGUUUGACUGAUGAAGAUUUCCUCCCCGUGGACGGGACAGGGUGCAUUGUGGGUGUGCAGUAUCUGGCAGACCAACAAGGUGUAUGUGUUGCGGCAGGCAAUGGUAACCUGCUUGUCUGGAGUGUGUGUACUGGACAGAUUGAGUGUGUUGGCAGUGUGGAGAGUGGGUUCACAGCCAUGGCCUGGAGUCCAGACCUAGAGGUCCUUGUCCUCGCAACAGGUGAUGAGACCCUGAUCAUGAUGACAAGAGAGUUUGACCCUAUCACAGAGGUCUCACAGCACCCUCAAGACACAGGGGAAGCUGCCUUGGUAGAUGUUGGAUGGGGUAAGAAGGAGACUCAGUUCCAUGGGUCUGAGGGCAAGGCAGCUGCACAGGAGAAAGCAAAGGCAUACAGCUCUGCCACAUCAUGGGAUGACCGACGUCCAAGGAUCAGCUGGCGAGGGGAUGGACAGUUCUUUGUGGUCAGCAGUAUCAGCCCACACACAGGUGGACGACAGUUACAUGUGUGGACACGGGACUGCUCACAUCACUCCAGUAGCGAGCCUGUGGAUGGGCUGGAGCAGACCCUUGCAUGGAGACCAUCAGGAAGUCUUGUGGCCUGCUCCCACAUGCGACCAAACAAGCAUGAUGUUGUGUUCUUUGAAAAGAAUGGUCUUCGUCAUGGGGAGUUCACUCUGCCAUUUCCUGUAAAUAAGGUGAAGGUUCGGGAGGUGUUGUGGAACAUGGAGUCAACUGUCUUGGCUGUGUGGUGUGAAGAGAUGUGUCCAGAUCGUCUCAACCAACAUCCCGAACAUCUUCCAGUAUCAUAUGUUCAACUCUGGACAGUGAACAACUAUCACUGGUACCUGAAGCAAAGUCUCCAGUUCCCGGCUGCACAAAGAGUGUUGGAUGUGCAGUGGGACCCUGAACAUGGAUAUAGAAUGCACAUUGUGUGUUCUGGGGCCCAAUACUUGCAGUAUACUUGGUCCUGGGUAACAUGUCACAGCUUUGGGAAGUCAGCAGAUGAUUUGGCCACAGUGACAGCGAUUGAUGGACACAAAGUCCUUGUGACACCAAUGAGACAGAUGGUUGUACCACCACCAUUGUCUGCCUUCCAGCUGGAGUUGCCUGCCCCUGGCAGUCAGGUGACAUUUGGUCCAACAGGCUUGAGUAAUGACAUUGCAGUGAUGCUGUCUGAUGAGAGGUUGGCUGUGUAUCAUCUCCAGGAAGAAGCCAAAGAUGCAUCUGAUGCAAGUGUGAAGGUUGGAGCAGCAGGAGGGACUGGCUUCAGUGUGCAGUGCAGGAGACACUCACUUCAGGGAGUGUACAGCUUUGACUAUGCGUCUGAGAUUGUGACAUUUCCACUUCACAUGCACCACCUGACCUGGAUAAGCCCGGACUGCUUCCUCUUCUGUGGCCUGGAUACUGGCAACACCCACUCUGUUCUGUACAGAGCCCAGCUGGCCACAGACAAGUUAACUGUCAGGUCAAGCCUGCAUGUUGAAAACCUGGUACAUCGCUAUAGCUGUCAGUAUGGAGACUCCGUCGUGGCAGUCCAGUUGUGUGAUGGGACUGUGCUUCGAUAUCUGACAGAUGAUGACAGUCUGUUGCCAUGGAACAUGGAGUCUGGACAGGACCUCCAGCUGUCACAUGCCUGCAACCAGAUGUCUGUGUGUCUGAUAGGGGGAGAGGAAGUUGUCCUGGGACUAACUGACAGAUACAGAUUCUAUGUGAAUGACAAGGAGAUUGCUUCUAACUGUACAUCAUUUGCUGUCCAUGAUGAGUUCCUGCUGCUGACUACACUGAGCCACACGUGUCGAUGUAUUUCACGACAUACCAGAGUCAGAGAUUUACCUAGCCUGUCUGAUGGCAAGGCCCACCCUUUUGAUGAGAGUGUACGGCGUGUGGAGCGAGGGUCCCGCAUCGUGACUGUGGUCCCGGAGGACACAAAGCUGGUGCUGCAGAUGCCGAGGGGGAACCUGGAGGUCAUACAUCCACGGGCUCUCGUACUCUCAGCUGUCCGCAAGUAUCUUGAUAGGCAGCAGUACAAGGAUGCAUUCCUGGCAAUGCGGAAACAUCGGAUCAACAUGAACCUGAUGUACGACCAUGACCCCCAGAUGUUUUGCGAUCACAUCCAGCUGUUUGUAUCUCAAGUGGAGGCAGUAAACCAUCUAAACCUCUUCCUCACCGACCUCCAGGAGGAAGAUGUGACCAUUACCAUGUACACUGCAGCAUACAACAGACACUCACAGCCAGACAGCCAGGUGACAUCCAAGGUGGAUAGAGUCUGUGACUGUGUGAGAGAGGCACUCACACACAUGGACAGAGACAAACGUGAUUUGAUGAAGGAAGAUGAUCCAGAUGCAAUCACUCUACCCCGACAUCGACCCGAUUGCGAGACAAGAAAGGAGGGAGUCACUGUCACGGCGGAGGAGACGCUAAAGUACCUGCUCUUCCUUGUUGAUGUCAAUGAACUGUAUGAUGUGGCUCUUGGAUCUUAUGACUUUGACCUUGUGUUGAUGGUUGCAGAGAAAUCUCAGAAGGACCCGAAGGAGUAUAUUCCAUUCCUGAACAAACUGCGUAGGAUGGAGGAUAAUUACCGCAGGUUUGCCAUUGAUCAACAUCUCCGCCGCUUCAGAAAGGCUCUGCAACACAUUGCUGGAUGUGGUGACGACAAGUUCCAAGAAUGUCUGACUUUUGUAGAGGAGCACAAGUUGUAUGGGGAUGCUCUGAAGCUAUUUGCCCCAGGGACUUCACAGUUCAAGCAAUUAGCAACAUUGUAUGGGAACUACCUGUGUGAGAAGAACCGUUCAGACGAGGCAGGAGUGAUGUACAUCAAAGCUGAAGAGUGGGAGCUGGCAUUGGAAGCAUUCACAGCCUGCAACAACUGGAGACAGAUGUUCUGUCUGACUGUCAAACUUGGUUACUCUUCUGAAAAGGAGGCAGAGAUUGCCAGACAGUGUGCACGUCAGCUGCAAAGUAUGAAAAAUUUCAACGAUGCUGCAGUUGUGUUCGAGAGAUAUGCUGAGGAUGUUGAGGAGGCCAUUGUCUGCCUUAUAGAAGGUGCAUUGUGGGAAGAAGCAUUGAGAAUGAUGCACCAACACAGAAGAACUGAUUUCAUUGAAACAAAUCUGAAGACUGCUCUUCUAGAAUGUCAUGAACAACACUUGGAGACUCUUGAGGAGUACCGUGAUAAUUUCGAGAAACACAAGAAAAGACUUAGUGUUGUUCGGGAGCAGAGGGAGAAACAGAAACUGGAGAUUCUGGAUGGUGAUGUGCCUUGCAACAAUAUGGACUCUGACUUGUUCUCUGACACAAGCAGUGCUACAGGGGCCAGUCUUCAGUCCUCUCACUACUCCUACAAUAGCCAGAGGUCGACAGUCAUCAGUCGCAGAACUGGAGUGAAUAUCGAAAUGCCCUCCGAUACUGUUGACGUCACUAUAUCAGUCUCUGCGAGGAGACCCACGGGACAGUCUCUGCGCGAGGAGACCCACGGGACAGUCUCUGAGAGGAGACCCACGGGACAGUCUCUGCGAGGAGACCCACGGGACAGUCUCUGCUCCACAUAUGAGCCGAUUCCGUUGUUUAAAACACUCCUCCAAGAGCAGGAAGAAGGGGACAAGCUGAGAUGGAGUCUGAAGGAGGGCAGUCAGUAUGAAGACUGUGCCCUGAUUGAUGCUCUGGCCAAGAUCAUCACGGCAGUGGACAGCUUGAAGGAGGAAGUCAACUCUCUGAUGAGGGCACUGGUACAGUUUCACUACGAUGCCUUAGCUUUAUCUCUCCACCAGCAGUUGGACUCUUUUCUCACACUGAUUGACAAGUCCAUCCCCUGCAUCUGGCUGGAAGAAAGCCUACAGGAUGCUCACCCGAUCCUGGGUCCAAACAUGACAUCAAAUGCCAUAGCACAGGCCAUGCAACAAAACAGCAGUAGCAACACAAGGGAACAGAAAGAUCCAGUGUUGAUGGCCCCACCCAAGCGUAGGAAGGAUGUUCGCUGGAGACUACACAUGGUGCACACUGGAGGAGACCACUGAUGGAACCACUGUAGGUGAAGCUGUCUUGAACAGAUGUGGUCCUGGGUUUGAAACGUGCACAGAAUACUGGAUGUGGUUCAGUGUUUGAAGUGGAAUGUGCACAGAAUACUGAAUGUGGUCCAGUGUUUAAAGAGGAAUGUGCACAGAAUACUUGAACAGAUGUGUUCCAUUUUGUGGUGCUGGAAUACUUGAAUGGAUGUGAUCCAGAGUUUCUAAACAGGACCAAACUGUCAGUACCAGAGUUACCCAUCCCAGCGCUUAUGGAAAGAGAUCACAGUACUCACAAAGAGAUCAAACUGUGCUUAAAAUGGAAUGUGCUUAGAGUAGUUGAGAUCAACCUGUGUGUAAAGUGUAAUGUGUACAGAUCGCAAGAACAGAUAUGGUCCUGUGUUUACAGUGAAGUGUAAACAUGAUCUGUUGAGCAAAGUAUGUCCUCAUUUGGAAGUGGAUUAUGUAUUCUGUCCAAUUGGACACUGUCUUUGUUUCAAGUGAUAUUUUUGCCACAACUAUUUGUUGAUACUAAGUGUUUAUUUAACUUAAGGAACAAAGUGGUAUUUAACUACUUGUACAAAUGACUGAACGAAUAAAGCUACAUGGUUUUAAAGAAUAGAUGUUUGAAAAAUAUGUCAAAAAAGGUGGUUAUUGUCCCCCGCUGCAACACGAAACGGAACUAGGUAUUCAGCAGCAUCCAUUAUUAGUUACAUGGUGUUUUGAAAGGGUGUAUGGGACUACAUAUGACCCUUGUAAAGUCUGUAUUUCCUUAGGCGCAGCCUCAGCCUCAGCCUCCUGAAGUUACAAGGGUCUUACAGUCCCGUACACCCUUUCAAAACACUGUGUGAUGAAUUUAUUACCCUUAAGAUCUUUUAAUUUAGCUUAUCUGUUAACAAAAACAUUCAACCUUCAGCAGAAUGAGACGCAAAACAUUUCGUCUUGAUUUUUCCUGAACAGUCAUAAAGGGAGAUAACUCGGGAUGGCUUAGUUUAUGAUAAAAAUUAUCGAAUUUGAGGGGUUUUUUAAUGACAAGUGAAAUACAGAAACAUUUUAUUUUUUGGAUAUAUUUAUUGACACAAACAAAUAAGAAAUUAUGGCAACAAUUUUGUUACUCUUUUUAUACUCAUAAUUGUAUGUAUACGCCAACUAUAAAAUUUCGAAGUGAUCAGCCGUUUGUGGCACAUUCCAUCUGAGGUCAAGGUCAUUCGUACAACCCGUGUAGUGUGUCGUGGUUCGUACACCCUUGCAAAUUUACCUACAUGGUUUCGUAUGCUUUGGCUAUUAACUAAUCAGAAUUCGACAAAUUUAUCUUAUGGGUUACAAACGUCUGUACAUAUGUCCCAAUUCUUGUUAACGCAAUAUCUAAGGAACUGUUGUACCCAAAGUCUUCAAUUUUGGUGACAGCCUACAUAAGGGAUUAGGCACAAGUCGAUUUGUCAUGGUCACCACCACACUUUGACCACUUCUCUUUUUCAAACUCUUGUUAACCAAUAUCUCAUGCACUGCUGUACCCAAUGUCUUCAAAUUUGGUGACAGCCUACAUUGGGAAAUUGCACAGACACAAGUCAAUUUUGGUGACCUUGAUCUUAUCUUCAAGGUCACCACCACACAUUGACCACUUUUCAAACUUAUGUAAACGUGAUAUCUCAUAAAACUUUGCACCCACUGUCUUCAACUAUAUCGACAGCCUACAUUGGGUGAUUACACCCACAACAGUAAUUUCAGAGUGACCUUUACCUUAUUUCAAGGUCGCAUGAGACUUUCAAAAUCUCACCCUUCUCAAUCCCUGGACCUGUUAUGAUCAUGUAACUAACAGAUUAAUGUAAUAUGUUAUUCUUUCAUGACUAAAAGGUUGUAUUGUCUUUGAAGAUUUAGACAUAAUAACAGUCACCUGUUUUGAAUAUUAUAUAUCGUUAAGAUCGUUAAAAUUUUAGCCUCUGAGCCGAAGAAUAUAUGCCUUUUCUUUCAAACUUGGUGUCAGGAAUUAACAUAACAGGUAUCAGGGUGGGGUAGGGUAGAAAAUUUGGACCCUUCAGCCCUAAUACACACUUGUACUGGCAGUGGAUAUGUCAAACUGCAUCUAUGCAUUCAAAUCUACUGUAUUCCUGAAGUACCUUCAGAGUUAGGACAAGAUUCUGAGAAGUGACCAUGACUAAAACCUACAUCACACAAAAGAUAAUCUUCUAUGUGAACAAAAGAUGAAAACGAGGAAAUAUGUUAUAUUUAAUUUUUCUGGUCUGGUCUGGUUUUGGAUUUCUUUUUUUGCAUUUCCAUGUACAUCAAUAUAUAUAUAUACUGUAUUGUUCACUAUGAUAUUUAUCCACCUGACGAAGGAUCAAGAACUCGCCCAGAAACGUUGCGUAAAAUAAAUCAAGAAUUUGUUAUCCAUAA